GGUGUAUUUGGUUAUUAUAAAUUCUUCUUGUAAAAUUGUUCUCAAAAAAUUGUACUUAUAAAAUUGUUCUUAUAAAAUUCUGUUCUACCUUUAAAAUGUUUUUAAUCGGACAGUCACACUUCAGGAGGGUUUUACUUUUGAAGGGAACUCGGUCAUGUUUUUACGCCUUUAACCAACUGUCAAUAUUUCACUUAAAUUAUAAUAAGGCAGGAGUCGAUAUAUGUCGUGUUGAAUGAAAGUGAAUAAUUGAUUCGAAACAAGGAACAGAAAAACAUGCAACAAAACUCACGACAUUUACUGCAUCUACUCGAGUAUCAAUAUGAUUGGUUAGCUUCUCACACGUGAUUAGAAACAACACUGCUUAUUGGUUAUAUUUCUGGGUAACAAUGGGUAUUGUUUUCAAAAAAUUUUAUCUCAUAUAUGAUUUUUCACACACGGAUCAGUAAUCAUUUUUGUUCAACUGUUCAUUGGAGGUGUUACACACAGACAGUAUGGCUUUCAAAGUUUUGACUUUAAUCUUAUUGCUUGUUGCUAUCAAAUACAUUCUCACAGAAGGUAACCUUUACCUCAUACACAAUGUUAAUGACAUCAAAAAGGGAAAGAUCAUAAAACAUUCGAAAGGUUUCACAAGAACAACUUGUUUGUUAAAAUGCCGAAACAAUCAAGAUUGUGACACGGCAUAUUUCAAGGCAAAUCAGGGAAAUAACGCAAUUGGAGAGUGUUGGUUUGUCCAAGAAGGUGGUGAAGAUGAGUUGGAGUUACCAAAUAAAUCAGAUGGUGGAAAAGUGGAGUCCUUUGAGAAUGUUCCUUAUUAUGAGACUAAGAAGAAAAACACGAGCUCUAAUGCCGACGAUUGGAAGUUACAAGCCACAAAUGUUUGUUUUGGUGUAAAGGGCGAUAGUUAUGGUAACUUUACAUUAAAGCAUACUGGCACCAUCAAAAAGUUGAAACUUGAACAUACGGGUGAAGAAGGUACAUUGAACUGCCGAAGUAACGUUAGUAACGUUACCUCUCGAUGGGGAUGUCAUUAUUUCGGAGAAGAGCGGAUUUCGACUGUAAUCACUGACAAAAACAACAGAGUCCUAAUUCCGAAUUUCGAAUUUCUAAAAAUCAGGUUUGUUCAAUCUUACUAUCUUCCUGGAUAUCAUGGAAACUCGCCAUAUCUUCAAUUUGAUAAUCUAAACAUAUCUGCAAGAUAUGGCGAUGAACUCAGAAUCUGGCACCUUGUAGAUUUAAGAGAUUUUAACGAAGAGGAACUCAGUAAAGGAAAAUCAUGCGCAGACGUUUAUGCUGUCUUUCAUAAUUAACUUAAUGUUUGCAACAAAAUUUCAUUCACAUGCAGCUUCUUUCGUUUAAAAAAAAACUUUGAAACUUAUUUGAAGGAUAAAUGAAUUCCCGUCAUUCUAAAAGUGUGCAAAUUUUUUGUUGUUGUAAAUUUGGAAAUUUAGCUAUGUACUAUGAAGUAUAAAGCUGAGAACGAAGUUGCGUUCAAACAUUUUGUAGUUAAAAAGUUUUUUGUUUUCUUUUCUAAACCUUAAGAUUUUUUUAACUUCAACUUUUUGAGUGUUAAAUAAUUCUUAAAGUCUUUUUAAAAAUGCAGCUAUCAUAGGUAAGAAAAAGCGAUCGCAAGCAGUUAUGGCCGAUUUUAAAAACAAAUUAUCUACAACAGCUCAAAUAUAUCUUUUUAAACUAAAAUAUAUCCGAAGCUAAUUUUGUACAAUAAUUGUUCUUGAUCGCUUCUUUUUGUCACCUUCGACUGCGUUAAUACUCAUAUUGACUUAAUAAAUCAAUUUUUUCAUAAGCAUGUCAAUUUAGGGGAAAUUUGUGGAAAAAUUCAUAGAAAGAAUAAAAUGAGUUAGAAUUCCGAAGUUCUUUUCUUACUAUUAAGAACAAAAUAAGAAAACAAGAACAGGUAGCCUGAGGUCGGAUUUUUGUAUUUUCAUAACAACAUGUGAUGUGAAUGCAUUUCUUUAAAUACACACCCCACACGUGACAUAAAUUUUGUAUUUAGAAACUACAGGAAUUUUCUCAAAGUAGCAUUUUUUUGGCCUUAAAAUAAUUUUAUGGCGAUUUCCUUCAUCUUUAUUUUCUCUUUGCAAGCUAACAUACACUGUGCAUAUAAUUCACAUUCUGUUUAUUAUAUAUUUAAAAUACCAGUUUUAAAGCAUUAAUUUGACUCCAAAUUUCUUUCUCACAAACAAGCAAAUAUACCAUGAGUUCAUUUAUUGCAUUUUCUCUCCA